GUCAUUAACGUCAGUUCAAAAAAAAAUAUCGGAAAAUUAAUCGUGCUUCAUACUUUACAUAAAUUCAAAAUUACUGUCAUGAAAUAAAUGUAAAGUUAAAAAUGAGCCAACAAAAAGUGACUUCGCCUCGGCCACCAUCCAAGACAAGUUUAGUAGCAAGUGGUAAAAAUGUAAUAGAUGAAGACGACAGUACGAAACCAGACUUUAUUUACGGAGGUCCCUUUAUCAAAGUUGAGAAACCUAGUCCAUUUAUAAAUACAACUACACCAAUAAAUCUCCCGCUGCAAGGAACUUUUAAGAAGAGUUUCGCGUAUUAUUCUCUAAAAGAUAGGUUGCCUGUGAUACUAACCAAAGUGAUAGACUAUUUAUCAAGAGAAGGAAGUGCAAUUAAAUCAGCACAUAGUGCGGGUGAUGAUGAUAUUCAAGGGUUGAUACAAUACAUAACAAAGUUGAAGAACGACCUCAUAACUAAUAAGAAAUACGAUUUAUUUACGGUUGACACCCCUGAGGCUAAAAGAUGGAACAGAUGGAUAGAAAGCUGUGAUAGUCAGCAUUAUUUUACUAAUACAUGGGUAUUUACUGAAUGUUAUGUGUAUAGAAGAUUGAGAGAAGGUUGUGAAUUAAGUAAAGGGUUAAAAAACUUCGAUCCCUUCGACGAUCAGAAGCUGAAAGCGUUCCAGUUCAGUCUGGAGCCGAUGUGCGUGGUGGCUGACAAGCUUGUCGGCAUGUUGCCGCCCAGUGACAAGGACAAACGGAAAGCUGACUUCAUCAUGUUGCUAAAGAUUUGUCUAUGGGCUAACAAAUGCGAUCUGUCGCUGUCUAUGGGCGAGCAGGUGUCGUUAAAGAACACAGACGGGAAAGAGAGGUCCGCUAGCGUUGUCUCUCUCUCUAUUUUAGAUCCGUUCAAAAUGGUAUUGGAUUUAAAAGAUAAGGUGUUGGUAGAUGACUCGUCUAAAAUCUGCGAUCAAAUCAUAGCUAAAACUGACGCCAUGUCUAAAGCUAUUGCUGCGAACACGACAUUUAAGUUUCAAUGCAGUUGUCACCGAUUAGCGACACAAUUCGGGAUGCCGCGAUGUCCCGACAAGGAACCGGAGCCCGAAGCGAAGUCUCAAACGAAGCUGGAAGAUAAGUCUGAAGCGGAAAGGGAGCAGGCGGAAGAGCCUCCUAAGAUCCCCUGCCCUGCUAAAAUGGUGUUGCCAGAAGUUGUAACAUUUGAUAUUGUUUGCGACAAUUCGGGAUAUGAAUUAUUCUCGGAUUUGUGUUUAGCGAACUUUUUGAUAUCACAGGAUAUUGUUAAGAAGGUUCGGUUUCACGUUAAAAAGAUCCCUUGGUUCGUGUCUGACGUCACUCCAGUCGAUUUUAAAAAAACUUUAGAAAUGUGUGCAAAUGCUAAUUAUAGCAGAGAAGUACCGCAAGAAGCUCCUACAGAGCCGGGCGAGGGCGAGGGCGAGGGCGCGGCCGUGCCGCCGCAGCGCGUGUCGGCCGACAGCCUGCGAGAGCUCGGACACAAAUGGAUGCAGUUCUUUGAGGAUGGAACCUUUGUUGUCAUGUGCGAUGAGUUCUGGACGUCCCCGAUCAUGUACAAGGAGAUGAAGGCGCAGGCGUUCCAGCUGUACCGCAAGCUGCAGCUGACGGCGGCGGUGCUGUUCAAGGGCGACCUCAACUACCGCAAGCUCUUGGCUGAGAGGAACUGCGUGCCCACACUCAGCUUUGAUCAGGCACUGCAAGGUUUCAAUCCCGCUCCUAUAAUAGCUCUGCGCACUGUGAAGGCGGACCUGAUCUGUGGUCUGCCCAAGGGAAAGUUCGAGCAACUCAAUAAAAUAGACGAGAAAUGGAUGGAAAAGGGAGAUUAUGGGGUGAUACAAUACAGCGGCAAGGUGGAGCCGCUGAAGGUGUCGGACCGGCCGUGCGCCGACUACGGCGCGGAGUGCCGCGGCGCGCUCUGCCCCGCGCAGCCCACAGACAUCGUCACAUAACACAUGCGAAAUCAUUUUUUGUUGCCAUCAAGACCAGUUCUACAAUUUUAGUCAAUUUUCCGAUUUAACUAUAUUGUAAAUAAAAUAAAUUUGUUGAUUUUC